AUGUCGUCGGAUCCUCAUCAUGGCGUAAAGCGAAGGCGAGUAGACGGGAACUUGAUAGCAUCCGGGUCAGUUACUGUUGCAUACCAAGCUUCUGCCUCGGGAGAUGAGAAUCAGAUGACCAGGAAGAAGCUACCAGUGCCUACCAACAAUUUUUCUGUUGAAGAAUAUUCGCAGGUUAACUCUGAGUGGUUCGCUUGCGAAUUCGAAGAUCUUCAGGUGCCCAAUUUCGAGGACCAAGUUAUUUGUUUUGGAAUGCUUACGUCAUUGACCGCACAAUGGAUGACCGACGUUGAGAAGACCCCAGUAACGAAUGUUCAUCUAAUUCUAGACAACGAAUGGCAACUGGUUUCUUCAACAAACCCAGAAUUCCGCGCGACUUUGGGCUCACACGGUCGUGAGUUGCUUGAGUUGUUUCACCGCGAAGGCAUCAGCAUUGAUAUUCUCGGGCUGCAAGCUGAGCAAGAGGUUGUAGAUGAUUAUAGCAUAUCACUAUGGAUAACAUUAUACGGAUCACGGGAAAUAGCCCAGGGAGUUGGUAGUACGCUGCAAGAAGCCGAGCUUUAUCUACAGGAUCCAGCUUUCUCUCUAACAGAUGUCGAAUACUUCAACCCGCAACGCUUCACUAAUACGGCGGGAAGUCGAACGACCGACUUUCGAACUGUCUUUCCAGAUGAGGACGAAGUCUCAGCUAGCAUGGAUGAGGCGCUGGUGGCCAUAGACGUGUUGAAGAGCGUUACUUCAACAACUGUGCGACGUGAGACGAGCGGUUCAUAUCUUCUUCGGACAGAGCUGCAAAGUUAUAUUAAUAAUGUCAACUCGUCGUUUCGUUGCACACCCCCUGUUCCUUUCAAAGGCGGGAUUCUUGCCGAUUUCAUGGGUCUCGGCAAGACACUCAUUCUCGACAACUGGGAAAAGGAAUUAACCAAACACCUUCUUGAGGGUCACUUCAACUGGCGCCGUCAUCACGCGAAAACCCAACUGAAAGAUGUGUGCCAUUUGAGCACGAGUGACAUCAUCCUCACGACGUACACGACACUUGCGAAGGAGUGGAAAGUUCAUGUGCAGACCAAUGAGAGUCCGAUUUUCUCACACGAGUGGCAUCGAAUCAUCUUGGAUGAAGCACAUGAGAUUAAGGACCUCAGGACAGCAAAAGCUCAAGCCAUAUGUGAGCUGAGAGGUGAAUGCAAGUGGGUGGUUACCGGAACACCAAUUCAGAACCGACUUUCUGAGCUCCACAGCUUAUUUCACUUCCUUGGGAUGCAUCCGUAUGAUGACAAGAAAGCCUUUGACAGGGACAUAACGAACCCCUGGCUUCGCGGGGAAGAGACUGGUCCGGCAGCGCUGAAGAAAAUUCUCGGCUACGUUAUGCUGAGACGUUCGCAAGACACGAUAACCUUACCAGAACGACAGGAUCACCGGCGGCACCUUUAUCUGAGCUCCCAGGAGCAACGUAUGUACGACGCCGUCAAAAUCAAGACCAUUGAGUUUAUCGACAACGCGCUGGCAUCUCACAGAGGGAAAGAUAGCUACAGUAACGCAUUGGAGAAAAUCAAUGCUCUGAGGCUUGUCUGCGAGCUGGGAUGUUUUCAGAAGCCUACAUCUUCCACGAGACUACUGCCUAGAACACCAGAUCGGCAGUCAACUCCACUUACACCCGGAAGAGAAAGAGAGGAGGACGAAGAUGUCCAGAAUGGCAGCAUUGCCGAAGCGAUCGACAGCUUCUGUCCGCCUUUACCUAACCUUGGGUCUAACUGGACCCAAGAACCAAGCGGCAUGCUCUGUGGUUCCAUGCCCAUAGAUCAAUGGCCGACCAAGAUCAAAGCCCUUGUCAACGAUAUCAAAUGCUGCGUUCCGGGAACCAAAAGCAUUGUAUUUUCCUACCGGACAUCCAUCCUCGAUGUCGCAGAACUAGCUCUCAACGACGCUGGAAUCUGCUGCGCCAAGAUAGAUGGCAAGAAAAGCUCAAGCAAGAGGAGUCGUAUCAUUGACGAAUUCUCAAAGGCGGACGGGCCGUCCGUACUUUUGUUGUCCUUAGGUUGCGGCGCUGUCGGGUUGACGCUCACUGCUGCUUCGAGAGCCUAUCUGCUUGAACCACAAUGGAACCCGUCUAUUGAGGAGCAGGCACUGGCGAGGAUACACAGAAUAGGGCAGACUCAAGAGGUCACAACCAUUCGAUUUGUGAUAAGCAAUUCCAUAGAGCAGUAUGUCUUGGAUAUCCAGAACGGGAAGCGUGAUCUCAUGAGUCUCCUGAGCUCAAAGCCUGCGACAAGUCAACAAUUGACAGCCAAAUUACAGCAAUUGCGUCAGCUUCUAAGAUAG